AUGUCGUCGUUUAGCAUAAGAUCAAUUCUGUAUGAUGGUGAUGUUGAAGAAAAAAGAGAAACUAUCGGCGACGAAGAAGAAUCUCCAACAUCUUCGGGUUCCGAAGAUAGUCGCGACAGUAAGCCAAAUUAUACAUACAGUGCGCUGAUUUUGAUGGCGUUACGCAAUAGUCCCGACAAACAUUUGACAUUGAGCGGUAUUUGCGCUUGGAUAGAGAAAAAUUUCCGAUACUAUCAGAAAAACAAAAGUCAAUGGACGAAUUCUAUUCGUCAUAAUUUAAGCUUAUCCCCAUACUUUAUGAAAGUCCAGCGGGCUUUAGACGAUCCAGGACGUGGAAAUUAUUGGACUAUAAAUCCGUUGUUUGAAGAUUUGAAAGUGGGCGAGACAACUGGACGUUUAAGACGCAACAGUAACGGUAAUAUUAUCCAACAACAAUCCUUUCCCGUGGGUGGGGCUAUGCGCGCAAACUAUCCGUAUCGUGCAUUUGCUCAGCAUUAUACGCCACAUGCUGUAUACUUUCCCACGCCGGAAGAAAUGCAUUUAGCCCAACAGGCAGCAAUAAUGCAAAGGCAAAGAGAGCAAUACUGGAGUUUGUAUCAACAGAAUCCACAACAAGCAAACGUGCCAUUUGGGGCAAACUUCCACACACAAUCGACUUCAAUGUGAAGCAAAACUGUCUCUGUCUGUUCUUGUUUUCAUCCCAUCGUUAAUAAUUAAUAAUUGUA